GUGUACCCACCAGAAGCGGAUCCUGACCGCACCCCAACCAGGAGCACUAAGGCCGGUGUUGGUGGAGGGACGCACGCUCUCGCCGCCGAUUCGGUUUCCUCGCGCUCUAAAUUUAACCCGGGUGAGCUCGAGCGCAGCGCGGGCGUGCGGGUGGCUGCCGGGGAGCUCGCCGUGUCUUCCUCCCCCCGGGACCCAGCUCAGAAGCCGGGCCGGCACUCCAGGCCACGUCUCGGGGUCCCUGUCAACACGGAACCACGCGCUCGCGCCGGCUCCGCCACUGUCCGACGACACGGAGUCCACGCCUUGAGCCCCCGCCAAGCCACCGCGUCCUCCCUCGCUGGUCGUCGGGCGGAACUAAAAAUACGCCCGGGGGGAAGCGGUAGCCCCCCUUCCGUGGGAGAGCGGCGUCGGACCAGCCAGUGGACGCGGGAGUAGCAUGGCGUCGGAGGCACGGAGCAUCGCUGUCACGUUGACGGGCGGCGGACCCUGGGGCUUCAGGCUCCGCGGCGGCAGGGGCACCGGCACGCCGCUCACCGUCCUCAAGACUCGUCGCAAGAGCAAGGCCCACCAGGUGCUGCUGGAGGGCGACGUGUUGGUGAGCGUGAACGGGACUCCCUGCGACUCCCUGAGCCACGACCAGGUCAUGGCCAUCGUGGACUCGGGAUGCGCGGAGCUCAGGCUGCAGCUGCUCAGGGGCGGGACUGAUCUGAGCAACAAGGAGAACGUGAGGACGGAGGUGCCGUGGUCUUCGCCAGUCUGGGCCCCGAAGAGCGGAGACGCCUUGGCCAACCUCAAGGGAACAUCGCUGCAGUCGGAGUCCAGUCCCCGCUGCCUGCGCGAGGUGCAGAGCUCGGUGGAGCGCGACAAGGACCCCAGCACGGGGGCCCUGAGAGAGACCCACACCACGCUCGAGAAGGAGUCCCAGAAAGGGCCAGGGUCCGUCUCCCAGAGCCUGACGGAGACCACGAAGGUGAGCUCGAGCCUUCCAUCGGGAGGCUCCAUGUACUCGCUGACCGUGACGAACCGAUCGACUACGACCACGACCGACCCCAAGAAGGUGGCACCUCCGACCGCACCCAAGCCCAAGCUCUGGCUGAACACCGACAUCAAGUCGGACGUGCAGCGCUUCGGGUUCCCGCCAGAGAGACCCGCUUCCAGCGCAAGCGACGCGAGCCUGCCCGGCCAGGGCGUCCCGCAACAGGGCAGUCCCCUGUUGAGCCCGACGGGCCUGCCGCUCCUGCCCAAAUUCUACGAGCCGCCGGGUGACAACAACUCGGCCAUGGACUUCGACGCCUUCAAGCACCACAAAAAGAAGACCUUCUCUUCGUCCAGCUUCUAUGAGGAGCCCAACUGCAUCUACCCGACGGUCGAAGAGCAGGUCGAGCUGGCGCGCAAGAUCGCAGACUCCCUGUCGGCCGACACGAACCGAACGUCUCGAGGCGCCAAUAUGUUCUUCAAGCGCGUCAAGAGGUCCCACAAGUGGAUCCAUGAAGCUCCCGACUACUCAGACUCCGAAGCGACUCUGUCCGGCACAGAGACGUCCCGGGAGGACGACCGGACGCCCGAUCCGCUGAACGUGCCGUACAAGGUCAGCAAGGGUCCCCCAAGGCUCAAGCUCAUCCUGGACCCACGGCACCUACAGGACGCGAACACGCUGCGCCAGUCGGGCAUCAGCAUCGUGGAGCACAGCGCCAUCAGCCCAGAGGUGUGCCUGGACCUGGUAAAGGACCUCAACUCUCCGUGCGGCAAAGGCGCAGCCAUGUUCGCCAAGCGCAAGAAGAAGUCCGAAGAAUGGGUAGUGGACGUAGACCGCAUCAAGGCUCAGCUAGGAGAUCGCUGGCCAGAGCCCCACCAACCCGUGGCGCCAAUACGAACCCCGAUCAAAACGCCUGUGGACCGUUUCAAAGAGUCUCUCGUCAACCCCAGACUAAGGAUCGUCAAGAGUCCAUGGGAGGCGGCGCUGGAGUCGCCCAUCGGCAGCUGCGAGAAGGCGUUCGCCGUGGUACGACCCCAUGAGGUGGUCGAGUCUGUCAUCCGGGCGGCAGAGGCCAAGGGACCCUUGGAGGCCUACCAGAACGGCUACGGUACCUACGACUCGGCCGUGAGCCCUGUGCCGCCUCCCGUGACUACGGUGACCUACAACCCGACCGAUCCAUGUCUGGCCAGGGCACCUCGCGGGUGGCGAGGACCCACCUCACAACCCACUUACGAGCCCAGCCACAGCGGCGGCGGAGGCAGCAGCACCGGCAGCAGCCCAUGGCCCCCACAGCCCGCCGCGGAAAUCGCAGCCCCAACGACGUCCCUGUACCCACCCAUGCCCAAGACCAGUGCCCUGAGCCCGGCUCCGGCGUUCGGUAGCGCGCCUACGCACCCGCACAUCAGCCUGUCUCAGUUCCAGAACUUCAACAGCCUGCCGAGGUCCUGGUCCCCCAGAGCCGAGAGGGCAGAGUCCUUCAGGCCGGUCAGGCCCCCAGCUGCCUUCGCCCAUUGAGCGAGCCCCGAGCCUGAACUCUAACGCUAAAGCGGCGUGCAAUGUUUACAAAGGCAACUUCUUAAUGAGGUAGCUGAAAACGAUACGAAGCCGAUUGAAACAUUCUGCCAUGGAAGCUUUAGCACUUCGGAUGGCGAGCUGGCAAGCUCGUCAACGAUGCCGGUGGCUGCCUCAAUGCUUGCCAUCGUGGACUCGUUCGAACAAAUUACCCUCCACGACCAAACUUGCUUCCUGGGAUGCCUAGCUACGAAAAAGCUUAUGGUUUCCCAACGUAAUAUCAGAAGGCAGUAAUAUCAGAAAACUCCACAGACGUCUCGAAAGAUAGGUAUCACAUCUUCCUAAUAUUUGGCGUGUUUUAUGUGAGUCAAUGCUUACCUCUUAUCUAUAGGGCAAAUCAACAAUUGUCAAGUUGAUGCUUCUAUUCUGGCACAGUGCCUGCUACAUUUCUUCCUGGAAGAUGUUAGCAAAACCAAAGCGCAUGCACACCCAAGUUGAAAUCCCCCCAAAUUUGCUAUUCACGCCGCAAAGCAAAUCGCUUCCACUAUCGAGGGUUAAUAGCCUGCUUAAUAAAAAGGUGCACACAGACCACUGCACACCAGCAGGCAAUAACGAAUAGUUGCUUUCAAAGAGUGUCCGAGCCACUUUUGGUUUCUUGUUUGCAGUCAGUUUUAGGCGAUGCAUAGAAGUGUUAGUAACUGGGUGCCCAGCUCCAUCAGCCCCGCAGGAAUAGAUUGUGCUGCUUUGAAAUGGUUGCCUACUGGUCACCCCAAUGGGACAAGCCGAAUGGUAGAUGCAACCCUCCUAGCCACUGGGCAUCCAUCAAAAACAUGCAAGCAGCAGCCUGUACAUACAAUGUUGCAAGAGUUGCUGCAACCUUGCAUGUCCUUUGCAGACAGGAGCAAUGCUGAAGCUAGAAAGUGCUGUGUGCCGAGUGUUGAAAUGCGUGCAAGUGUUGUACAUACUGCAUCAUGUGUUCCAAGUGCCUACAAGCCCACGAGAAAUAAAAGUGCUGUUGCGUUCGGAA